AUGGCCGACUCUUCGUUCGCCCACGCCCUCUCGGUAUGGAAAGCCAUCAACCUCCAAGACCUGCAGCGCACCAUGGACGCCCAGGGCCUCGAGAUUGUCGACGGCUCAAAGGAGAACCUCGUCGGCCGCAAGACCCUCGCAGAGCGCACUCGAGAGUUCAAGAAGGUGCCAGACGACGACAAGGGCCCGGUCUUCAAGACGCUCCUCAAGGCGUACCAGGGCGAGAUCGACAACCUGACGCGCCGCGGCAAGGUCGCCGAGAAUGCCUUCCUCAGCGUCUACAAGCUCCUCGCCGAGGCUCCCGACCCGUACCCUCUCCUCGAUGCCGCUGUCGACCAAACCGCUCGCGCUUCCGAGGCCAAGCUGCUCGAGUCGGAACUCGCGCGCGCCAAGGACGAGAUCUCGGCCCUCAAGCAGCAGCUCGUCGAGUCGCAGCAGGUCGAGAAGGAGCGCAAGAAGCUCGCCGACAAGGUCGAGCGCCUCGAGGGCAGGAUGGACGACCUGAUCCAGGACAAGGUCGCCAACAAGGAGGCCGAGCUUCACGCGACGUACGACGAGCGCCUGCGCAACUAUGACGAGCGCGAGAAGGACCUUCAGCGCCAGGUCAGCGUCGCUCGCUCGCAGCUGCGUGAGCUGCGUACCACGGCCGACUCGAACCAGGCGCGCCUGUUCGACCACUCGCAGCGGCAAGACCAGGAGACGGUUGCUCGCCUCGCCGAGGCCGACCUCAUCGCCGAGGACCUCGAGCGGGCCAACGCGCGCGUCGCCGAGGUCGAGCGGAGGAACGAGAAGUUGCGGGCCGAGAUCGAGGCGGUGCGCAGUGGGAGCGAGAGCGCCGACCGGGUCGAAGCGCUCGAGGCGCAAGUGUCGGACCUGCAGACCGAGGCGUCGCGCCUCAUGCGCUCGCUCGAGGCGCAGAAGGACGCGUUCGAGACGGAGCGUGCCGAGCUCGUCAAGCGCGUCGAGGCGUUCGAGCGCGACCAGCAGGUGCUCAACGCCGAGAUCGACCAGGCGCGGGCCAAGAUCAAGCAGUUUGCCGACUACGACGAGGUCAAGCGCGAGCUCGAGAUCAUGAAGUACGUCGAAUUCGCCGGCAUGGACCUCGACGACCUCGCGCCCGACUCGUCGUCGUCCGUCUCGGACCUCAUCCUCCCUCGCCUCCCCGACCCGAACGCGUCCAAGGCCAACGCCGCCUCGCGCCCGGCGCCGCUCGAGAACCUCCUCAUGGCCAAGAACCGCAAGCUGCAGGACGAGGUGACGGCGCUCCGGGUCGCGCACGACGAGCUCGCCCAGGCGCACGAGCAGGCCGCGAGCGAGUGCGAGGCGCUCCAGGCGCGGUUGGACGAGCAGAAGAAGCUCAACGACCGGCUCGAGAACGACCUCGUGCGGGUCAACGGCGGCGGUGCGGGAGGAGGAGGGGGAGGGGUGGGCGGCGGUGGGGCGGGCGCAGGCGGGCAGGGACAGGGUGCGGGGCAAGGAGGGAGCGCGGCGAGGGACGACCCGCUCGCGGGGCUGCAGCUCGGCAAGAAGUCGCUCGAUGGACCCGUGCAGGCAGCGCCGUUCCAGAGCUCGGCAGAGACGUCCAUCCUGCCGAUCAUCACGUCGCAGCGCGACCGCUUCCGGCAGCGCAACGGCGAGCUCGAGGAGGAGCUGCGCCGUCAGUUCAACACGAUCUCGGAGCUGCGCGCCGAGAUCAAGACGCUCCAGACCGACAACCUCAAGCUGUACGAGAAGGUCCGCUACCUGCAGUCGUACCGCGACGAUGCGGGCGCGAUGGCGGCGAGGGCCCAGGCCGGGUUCAGCAACGUCGUGCGCGGCGACGAGGAGCUCGGCAAGUACCACAGCAAGUACGAGGAGAGCAUGAACCCGUUCGAGGCGUUCCGAGGCCGAGAACGAGGGCGCGCCAUGCACUCGCUCAACCCGCUCGAGAAGGUCCUCCUCUCCCUGUCGACCGUCGUCCUCUCGAAUCGCCUCACGCGCAACCUCUUUGUCCUGUACGCCCUCGGGCUCCACUUCUUUGUCCUCUCGACGCUGUACAAGUAUACCCAGGCGAGCGAGGGCGCAGAACCCGUCGUCAUCCCGCCCAUCGUCUGAAACCUCGAGGGUCGUCUUUUCUCUCCCUCGGACCAGGUUCUCGGGCUCUCUUUGGUCGCGAGACGAGUCGUGCAACUGCAGUAUGUCAUCAUUG